AUGUUUUUACCAUCGAUUGCAACAUGUUCCCUUAUUAUAGAAAAUUCAUCGAAAGCAAUGAACACAACUGCUAACAAAGAAGACAUUACCCUAAUUUGGUUUGACUCAAAGAUGGAUUUCCAUCAUCAUGCAGAAGAAACAAAGAAACACUUACGACAAAUCAAUAGUUAUGUUGUAUUUCACACUCAACUCGAACAUUGUAUCAGUUUCAUUCAAUCAAUAGAUAAUGAAAAAAUUAUUUUUGUCACUUCAAUUUAUGAUGCAUCACAAAUAUUACCUCAUAUUGCAAGUCUACCUCAAAUUGACAGCAUCUUUGCCUUCAACUGGGAAAAAGUCGAUCGAGAACAUUUAGUUCUCGAAUAUUCAAAACUUAUUGGUAUCUAUGAUGCACUCGAUUUAUUAUGUUUAUCAAUUGAAGAACAAGUCGAUAUUCUUGACCAACAUUCACAAACAUUCGGCUUCUUUGAUCAAGAUGAAUAUUUGACACAAGAUCUAUCAAAACAAACUGCUGAUCUUCUUUGGUUUCAACUUUAUCAUGAUGUUCUUGUUCAGUUAACACACGAUGAAGAAGCUAAACAAGAAAUGAUCUAUUCUUGUCGUUCCUAUUACCAAGACAAUAUCAGCGAAUUAGAAAUGAUUGAGAAGUUUGAAAAUGAAUACCGAUCAGAAGAAGCUCUUCAAUGGUAUUUGAGAAAAUCAUUUCUUUACAAAAUGAUCAAGAAAGCAUUGAGAACCAAAGAUUUCGAUCAGCUGUAUAUAUUUCGGUAUUUUAUGAAAGAUUUGACAGAAAGUCUCGUUCGAGAACAUCAAAAGAUGCUUCAAUCUGGUAAAAAAAUAUUAUUCAUGUGUCGAGGAAUGAAACUGACAAGUGAUCAAAUCGAGAAAUUUAAAGAAAACGAAGGUAAAUUGGUUUCAAUCAAUGGAUUUUUGAGAACAACUAUGCUUCGUUCAACUGCAUUAAACCAAGCAAUGAGAUCUUCGAAACAAACUGAUUUUAUUUCUGUUCUCCUAGAAAUUCAAUGCAAUCUACAGCAUCUGAGUAACAGUGUCAUUAUUGCUGACACCGUUCAUUUUAAUGACUUACCAUGUAAAGAACAAGAAGAUAUUAUCUUCGGUUUAAACGUCACUUUUCGAUUGGAAAGUGUGAGAAUGAAGAAAGACAUAUGGUUGAUUGAAAUGACUGCAUCGAAUGAAGGUCAGUUUAUCAAAGAAAAAUAUAUCAAAGACUCACAUCGUCAAAUCGAAGGCCUGAGCACCAAAAUUCUCUUUGGACGAUUGAUGUAUGAUAUAGGUCAAUGGAAUCAAUCACAACAUUUCUUUGAACAUUUAUUGAACAAUUCGAAUAUCUACAAUGAAGAUCUUACAAAGAUUGAAUGUAGUCUUGGUGAGGUUCUUCAAUUAAAAGGAGAGUGGAAUGAAGCACGGAAAUAUUAUGAUCGGGCUUAUCAACGAAUGAUGAAUAUAAAACCAAUACCGAUCAAGGAUUCAUAUGAGAUACUCUUUAAUAUUGGUGAGAUUUUCUAUCUAGAAGGAAAGUAUGAAGAGGCUCAGGAUUAUUAUGAACGAGUAUUGGCACUGCAAAAAGAAAUUUAUACAUCUACCAAGGUUGAUAAAUCUAAUCUACAGGAUCAUCAACACAGUAGUUUAUUAAGUCGUGUUCACACAUCGUUCUGGUCUGUUUUAAUGAAUUUAGGCAGAUUCUUUCAAUCGUAUUCCGGAUGGUUUUUGACUAGAUAUUUUCUAGGAAUUUCUCAUUGGUUUCGGUCGGAAUAUGCAGCAAAUAGAAUGGAGCUUGCUAAUGAACAUUCGACCAAAAUUCAGUUACAAAAAGUGUGUCAAAACUUACAGGAAACUGAUUGGUUACAACUGAGCAAGAUUCAUCUCAAUGGUCAUGUGCCUAUUGCUACUAAUCUCCGAAGCUUCGGCAAAAUCCUCUUUCGACAAGCUAAGUAUGAUGAGGCACUGAUCUUUCAUCAGCAAGCACUAGCAAUGCUCGAAAAAUACUAUCAAUGUCCUCAUAUCGAUAUCGCUAUUAGUCUUGUCUACAUUGGUCAGGUUCUUACAUAUCAAACAAAGUACAAGGAAGCUCUCGAUUUCUGUCAACGAGCAAUGUCAAUCUAUACAAGAUAUUAUCCAAAUGGUCAUGCAUACAUUGCCUGUACCCUCAAUUACAUCGGUUACAUUCUCUUACGUGGAGGCAAUCAAGAUGAAGCCCUAAAGAUUCAUGAACGAGCAUUGGUAAUGCUACAAAAGUAUUAUCCAUCUGGUCAUGUGAAUAUAGCGUAUAGUCUUUGUGGAAUGGGAAAUGCUUACUGUAGACAAGGAAAAUAUGAUGAAGCUGUGACAUUUUACGAACAAGUACUUGAAAUUGCACAGAAUUAUUAUUUUGCUGGGCACGAUGACAUUAUUUGUACUCUAAACAAUAUUGGCUAUAUAAAAAAGGAACAGAGGAAGUAUGAUGAAUCUCUUGAUUUUCAUCGACGAGCACUAGCACUUCAAGAGAAAUAUUAUCCAUUUUACUAUGCAAACAUCGCUAACACUCUCAAUCACAUCUCUGCUGUACAACUUUGUCAAUCGAAAUAUGAUGAAGCUCUGUAUUAUUGCCAACAAGCGCUAACAAUGCAAGAAAGCUAUUAUCCAUCAGGCAAUACUUCAAUAUCCCUUAGCCUCAGUAAUAUGGCUAACAUCUUGCAUAAGCAAGGAAAGUACAAUGAAGCUAUUGAUUUGGAUCAACGAGCGCUAUCAACUAUCGCAAAACACAACCCAUCUGAUCAUUCUUCCAUUGUUUCUCAUAUGAACAAUAUCGGCGUUACAUUAUGUAAGCAAGAAAAGUAUGAUGAAGCUCUUGAUUAUCACCGAAGAGCACUCGAAAUACAAGAAAAAUAUUGUCCAUUUUACCAGCAUGAGAUAGCAAAUACUCUAAAUUACAUCGGUAGUGUUCUUAUGAGACAGAGAAAAUAUGAAGAAACCUUGAAGUUUCAUGAACGUGCACUCGAAAUGCAAGAGAAAUAUUACUCAAAUAGUCAUGUAGACAUUGCCUUAACUCUCAAUAAUAUUGGUACAACAUUUCGUCAACAAGAAAAUUUUGAUAAGGCGAUUGAAUAUCAUCAAAAAGCAUUAGAAAUUCAAAAGAAGUAUUAUCCAUCAGACAGUGUCAUCAUGGCUGAUACUAUCAAUUGCAUUGGUCAUGUUCUGUACGAUGAAAGAAAAUAUGAUGCAGCCAUUGAUUAUUAUCGACAGGCACUGUCGAUACAAGAGAACUUCAGUCCUGAUGAUCGCAUUGAAACUUCUCAUACAGUCAACUUCAUUGGUAAUAUUCUAUAUAAACAGAAAAAGUAUGAGGAAGCUCUUCAACUUCAUCAAAAAGCCUUGACUAUUCAAGAAAAACAUUAUAAAUUUGCUCAUAUCAACAUCGCUAAGAGCCUGAACUCUAUUGGUAAUGUCCUAUAUAGUCAAGAGAAAUAUAAUGAAGCUAUCGAUUUCUAUCAACGAUCAUUAGCUAUUCGAGAGAAAAUUCAUCCGUUUGGUUAUGCUGGCAUCGCUCUCGUUCUCGGCAAUAUUGGACGAGCUCUGUAUGGGCAAAGAAAAUAUGAUGAUGCUCUUGACUUCUAUCAACGAGCACUGAGAAUCUAUGAAAAAUGUUGCCCAUCGAAUCCUAUUGAUAUUGCUAAUGGCCUCAUCGAUAUUGCUGAUGUGAUGAGAAAACAAGGAAAGUACGUAGAAGCCAUUGAGUUUCAACAGAAAGCAUUGACAAUUCGAGAAGAAAAGUAUUCUUCUUCUCAUGAAAAUAUUGCCGAUAGCUUGAAUCGCAUCGGUCAUAUUCGAAUGGAUCAAAAAGAACAUAAUCUAGCACUCGACUGUUAUCAACAAGCUCUGACUAUUCUCGAAAAUUGCUAUCCAUGCAGUCAUGUUAGUAUUGCUGAAAGUCUGCGAUAUAUCGGUAGAACCCUAAAUGAGCAAGGAAAGCAUGAUGAAUCUCUCGAUUUCUAUCAGCGAGCAACGGCAAUCUAUGAGCAAUAUUAUCCAUUCGAUUAUGACAACUUUGCAACCUGUCUGAAUUCUAUUGGUAAUAUAUUGUGUUGUCAAGAAAAAUAUGAUGAAGCACUCGAUUUUUAUAAUCGAGCACUGGUGUUUUAUAAGAAGUAUUCGUCUAAUUAUUCGAAUACUGUUACUUGUCUGAAUAACAUAGCUCAAACUUUACAAGACCAAAGAAAAUAUAAUGAGGCUCUUGACUUUCAACAGCAAGCAUUAGCACUUCUCAAAAGUAACUCACCCAGUGAUCAAUUUAGAAUUGCUACCAGUCUGAAGAACAUCGGUAAUACUCUGUUUGAGCAAACAAAGUAUGAUGAAUCUUUCGACUUUUAUCAACAAGCCUUGAUCAUACUCGAACAAUAUUAUCCCGAUCAUCAUGUUGAAAUUGCUGAUUGCCUAUACUGGAUCGCUAUUAACUUCAAUAGAAAGUCCCGGUACGAUCUCGCUACUGAAUAUUUGGAAAGAUGUUUAAUAAUUAAAGAAGCCAGUCUACCUCUAAAAGAUCUCUCCAUUGCUACCCUACUUCAGUGUUUGUCAAAAGUUCAAGGUUGGAGAGGCGAACAUGAACUCUCUCUUAUGUGUGAACAGUAUUGUUACUCAAUGCGUCUCAAAGUUCUACCACCAGAUCAUGAAGACAUUGGUCGCAGUUUAGCAAACAUAGGUGAAAUUUACGAAAAGAUUUCUAAGCCUACGUUGGCACUUAAUUAUUAUCAACAAGCAUCAGCUAUCUACACGAAAUGUCUGCCUUCCUGGCAUAGUAAUCUAUGGAAGAUAAAAUCGAAUAUUGAACGACUUUCAGAAGAACUUGGCAUAGAACUUGAUUAA